UGGGGGGUGGGGGGAGCGGGGCGGGGCGAUGGAUAAACUGACCAUCAUCUCAGGAUGUCUCUUUCUGGCCGCCGAUAUCUUCGCCAUCGCCAGCAUCGCCAACCCGGACUGGAUCAACACCGGGGAGUCGGCGGGAGCACUCACCGUGGGCCUGGUGCGGCAGUGUCAGACAAUCCAUGGUCGAGACCGGACCUGCAUCCCUCCUCGGCUCCCCCCAGAGUGGGUCACCACCCUGUUUUUUAUCAUCAUGGGAAUCAUUUCCUUGACUGUCACAUGUGGUUUGCUGGUGGCUUCCCACUGGCGAAGAGAAGCUACAAAAUAUGCUCGAUGGAUAGCAUUCACUGGAAUGAUCCUUUUCUGUAUGGCUGCCCUAAUAUUUCCAAUAGGAUUUUACAUCAAUGAAGUCGGAGGUCAACCUUAUAAGUUACCCAACAACACAGUAGUUGGGUCAUCAUAUGUACUUUUUGUCUUAUCGAUUUUCUUCACAAUAGUAGGACUUCUGUUUGCUGGCAAAGUCUGUUUACCAGGCUGACGAAUGUCUAAACGGCUUAACUUUUUAUUUUUUAUUUUUUUUAUUUUUUAUUUUUAGAGGUUGGGAGGACAAAGAAAAGGCGUCUGGGCAGUCCUCUCAUAGGAAGAAGCUUAGAUGAACCUGAGGCCGAAAGGAAAAAUGCUUUGAUUUGUUCUCACUAUGCACUUUGGAUUUUAAAAAAGAAUGAGAGCCUUUUCCAUAACCAAAUACAAUAUUGACUAAAUCUCCUGAGCAUAUUCAGGCAGUCAGUCUGCACUGUGAUAGCAACCUAGUGAAGGAGAGUGCUUUAUACUGAGAGCAUGUGGCCCCAUGUGACUCUGUUGAUCUGUUUUUAAUGUUUAAUGAUUCAUUUGAGAGGGGGGGAAAGUCUAGUAUUUAUGAAUCAUGAUGGACCAGAAGGGUGCAGGAGGUUCGUGUGGGGCUGGCCUCACCUCGUAAGGCAUUAGUGUUCUCAAUUUCCUUGUCAUGUUAUGAGCCUUUGGCACCACAAUGGAUUGCCGUUGCAUUACUGCACCAAGAAGCCAAUAGAUCAAAACUUGUUUGCUAAAAUGUAUGUAAAAAUUCUAAAACUCCCUAAUCUGUGUACAAAAGAAAAAAGAAAACACUAAGAAACAAGUUUGGGGUGGGUGGGGGAAAUCUUCCUUAUAUUUAUAUAAAUAUAUAUAUAAUAUAUAUAUUUUGCUGAUGCAGUAUACAGUGUGUAUAUGUGUGUGUGUGUAUGUGUGUGUACAUUUGUAUAUGCACACAUGCAAACAGUUCCUGGACGAGAACUCUGAAUGCUUGCUAGCAAAACACUGUGGUGUGCAACCUAGAACUCAAUAGAAAAAAGCCAUUUAUCUGAAGGCUGCAUAGUGGAGAGAGUCUUCAGUUUACCUCAUUCUUUGUAGCAGCCCUUGAUUUUGACAGGUUUCUGUAAUAGGUACAAAUAACUCCAUACCUUUCUAGGUGCAAUUCUAAGUUAAGCUAAAGAUUCUUUCUAGGUUUAAUUUAUUUAUAUAUGAUAAUAAGGGUAAGGUCAUGUCAAACCUUAUAGUUUGGGAAUCUGACACUGUUGGAAUGAAUAACAACUAUCAUCUAUUGUACAGACAUUCAUUUUUACCACUGGUUCAGUCUGCUACCUUAACAAUGCAGUGUAUACGUUCAGGCAUACAACUUUGCAUAAACAUUAAGGUCUAUAGCAAAUAUCUGGCUGUUUUGACCAUUUACAACACUAAUUCUGCUCUCCCAUAAAAAUUGUAUUUUAUCUGUGUUAAUAGAUUUUCACCAAACACUUGAGCAAUACAAUAUUUCCUCUAUAUGCUUUACACCUGUGUUUGCUGAAAACAUUCUUGCAUUUGCUUUGAAGGCUGCAUUAAACCCACAGCCUUGUGGGUUUUUUCCUAGAAAUAGCAAUGCAGCUGAUUCUGAACUCACAAGUACUUUUAAAACACAGUCCUUUCCUCCCCACAUUCCCAUGCCUGUGUCAACACCUAGAUUUUUCCUGGUGAAAACUUGUUUGAAUCUGGUUACACAGAUGUUUCAUGGCAGUGGAGCUGAGUUUGUCCUCUCUAUAGUGAGUGGCAAUCCAGGUGUCCCUGUUGGUGGGCAGAGCACAAGUCCCACAUAGCCCGUGCUUUAUACAGCAGGGAUGAUUCCUAAGAGGCUUGAUUGUCCCUCACAGAGUGGUCUUCAGAGAUGGGCUACCUGCUCAGACUGACCUCACCGGUGUGUGCUAUUCACCUGUCUCAGUAUUAAAUUGUGAAUGAAAAUCCAGUGUUUGGGCUCAACGGGAACCUUGGAGUGGACCCUUCUGUGUGAGAACCCUGCAGUCAGUUGGAGGAAGGACACUUCGCACCACCUGUUCCACCCAGGCAGCUCUAAGGCCACCACUAGACAUGUUCUGUGGACAUUCGGGACUGAGCUUUGAUCAAUGUCAGUCAAAUGGGUCACUCCGAAGGAAAGUUUGGUAGCUGGAAUUAAACCACUGUACAAAGUAUUAGCAAAGUAUAGUUCAAAUUAACUGACAUGACCAGAGCUUUUCUCUUUAAAAAGAUGGAUUUUAUUGUAAAUAGUUUCUCAAAAUAUUUUUAACUGGAUCAUGAGCAUGGGGAGAGAAAGUGUCUCAGCUGCUAUGAAUUCCCCCACUGUUUACUUCUCUCAUUUACAGUGGUAUUGCUUAAGAUUACAAAAUUUUAGGUUUUAUUUGUAUCUAUUACCCAAACCAUUAAAUUGUCUUUAAUUUCAUCAUUGUCUUGGAAGACCAGUGCAUGAAGAGCUGAUGGGGGAAAGUCCCUCUAGCCACUCAGCGCUCUAACCCAGGAUUAAAACCAUCCAUCGAGUAGUGUGUGAAGUCUAGUCUCUGUAAACUCUCUCAGACCAAACGUUGUUGAAGUGGACUCAUCCGUAUAAUCUAAGUCCUGUAAGUGGAAGGACACACAGCUGCCAGCAGCUGCUUUUAAAAGGUCACCAUGAGUACUACAUAGCACAGUAUUAAUUUAUAGCAGGAAUCAUAUCUUGUAAAAUGUAUAUAAAACACUUUUAUGGUGCAAUCAUUUGUCAAAUUUUGUCUGUUACAUUGUUCUUAGAGUGUACAUUCUUCUCAUGCCUAAGAAUAUCACUGUAAAAUCUGCUGAAAACUAUUUUUAGGUUUUAUUUGCACAAGACUGAACUAGUUUGAGUUUUGGGGAAGCUCCUAUUGAACAAGCCUAAACAUCUGUAAAGAUAAAAAUCUUCAAUUCAUUAAAAGCAACCAUUAGUACAAUUCUUUCCAAAGGUAACCAUGUUCUGUGUUGUUAGUGUGUGGGUGUGAUGUUUCUGACUCUUCCAUCUCUCACAAACCUAGUUUCUGUUCCAUCUGUUUUGUUUCGAAGAAUGCCUUUUUUUCUUUUGUAAUGUUCUAGAUGACCAAAACACAUUCUUGGGUUUUGCCUACAGCUUUGAUUUCUCCAUGUGGUGUUGUGUGAGUUCACUGUUUAAUCUCUUCAGUGAAAUGAAUAGUCCUGGUGACAGGCAAUCUAUUGGUUUAGAGGAGAGGUCCUUUAAAAGUGUUGGAACCUAACUUUGGAUCUGUUCUUAGCUGUUAUUUUGCAUCAUGGACUUCAAGAGAAGAACAUGUUGCAUUUAUUUUGUCUUUAUUAAAAGACUACUACUAGUCACCAGUUACUCUGGUUAUAGUAACUGUUAUAUCAACCCACUUUGAUCUUCUUUUUAAAAUUAAAUUUACAUUCACAAGUCAAAACAGUAAGCUGUCUUUUAGAAAAUUUUUGAAGGAUAAAAAUAAAUGAAGGAAAAAGGUGGUCUGUGUAGGCAGAGUUGUCUACACAGAAUUCUAGUUGUAUUGCCUUGAGAGAUUUUAGUUUGUGGUCAAGGUCUGUAUAUUAUCCAAAACUUUAUUAAGAAUUGUUUUCUAAUUGGUUAUAACAUUUUUUCAAUAGUUUCAAAACAAAUUGUUAAUACAACUGUAUAAAGUGAACAUAAUUUUCUUCACUUGUAUUUUUGUUAUUGAGCAAGUUUAUCAAA